ACCUCAUGAUUAUGUAGCCUGUGUAACCAUAGUGUGAGCAUAGAGUGGCUGUUUGCAUGCGAUCAAGCAUGUGGGGGUGUGUCAUGUGUGUGUGUGUGUGUGAAACAAAACAGUAAGACGUGUUAGCCCAGAUCACUUGACUAAUCAGCCAAACGACAGCGACAAGUUGGGAAAGAGUUACUAAACUAAAGUGUUACUCGUGCUCUUUUGUCUUUGAAUUGGUUGUGAGCAUAUAGAGGGAGAACAGGAGAACAAGGACUCAAGGUACCAUGCUUUACUUCCUGAGUGUGAGUGUUCUGACAGUGCUUUCCCAUGGAGUUGCUGGAGGUCAGACGUGCCACCCUCAGUGUCGCUGUGAGGUGGAGAGCUUCGGCCUGUUUGACAGCUUCAGCUUGACCAAAGUGGACUGUAGUGGGGUGGGACCUGGCACGGCCCCCAUCCCCAUCCCACUGGACACAUCUUUCCUGGACCUGUCCUUUAACUCUGUCGGUGCCAUCACAGAUGCCAUGCUAACUGGGCCGGGCUACACCACCCUUGUGAGCCUGGAUCUCAGUAACAAUGCCAUUAGCAAAGUGGGUGCUAAGGCCUUUGCCAGGCUGCGCUACCUGGAGACCUUAGACCUGAGCCACAAUGCCUUGGAGAGCCUCCCUGAUGGUUGUUUUACAGGACUACCUUUAGCAGAGGUUGAUUUAAGCAACAACAGAUUUCAUGAAUUCAACCUUGAUGUUUUCACCACCAAGGGCCAAGAGAAACCCUUGACUGUUGACCUGUCAAACAAUUUAAUAACAUCCAUCACUAGAAAACCACAAGGGCCGUCUCUGUCCAUUAAAAGCCUGGUGCUGGCAGACAACAGACUGAGGGUGGUCCCUGAUCUCUCGGGUCUUCCUCUGCGCUACUUGGGGUUGGAUGGGAACUGGAUCUCUGUUAUACAGGAAGGGGCUUUUCAGACACUCACAGAUCUGUCCUAUCUUAGCCUCAGUGGCCUUCAAAAGCUUUCAGUUAUCGAGCCUCUGAGCUUUCAAGGUUUGGAAAACCUGCAGGUUCUGGACCUCUCCAAUAACAGGAAGCUGAAAUCGUUGAGCCCAGAGGUUUUUAGCAAUCUGAACUCCCUACAGGAGCUCAAUUUGUCAAACUCUGGAAUGACACACCUGCCCAGUACUAUUCUGAGCUAUUUGCCAAAUAUCAAAAGCAUAACUCUCAGCCCAAACAUGCACUGUUGGAAAACGUUGAAACAGGGCCAGUUUCACAGGCAAAUUGGAGAAGCCAAAAAUGAUUAUGUAAUAUCCUGUGAUGACAUCAGUGUGCCUCAAAAUCCUGUUCUGUGAUCAUAUCAGCACUGCGCUACACAAUGCUGUUUUAUGAUUGAAGACAGCUAUGCCAAGAGCUGCUUGGACAGUGCCUUUCUAACCCCUCACAAACUUGACAAGGACUAUCAUCAUAUGAUGAUUUUCUUAACUGAUGGCAUGUAUUUUGCACACUUCACAUUCAAGUGAACAAGAAUACAGAUCUUCAUGUGGUCAAACAUAUUAUGACAAUACAUUAGUGGCUUAUUAUAAGAUUUUUUUACCAACUGCCUACACUUUGUGGAUUAUGCAGUUGUAGCACCAGUAUGUGUUGGUGUCUGUUAUUUAAGCAGUACUUUAAUGCCAAAGGAAAAUUCUAACUGUAUGGUAAAUCCGAUGUAAAUAGUUUGUGUAAUUUGUAAAUGUAUAGAUUUGAGGAGGAUGCUAGAUCGCUGCAUAUACCUGGAUACAUUGGCGUUUGUGUCAUGAUACUCUGUGAACUGGAUCCAUAGGGCCCCAUACUGGACUUCACAUCCAACACACAUGCACAUGGCCAGGGCACUCAGAGGCAUGAUGGUGACUGUCAAGUGAUAAAGAACAGGCUCCAUCACUCAUUCAUGCCUUUAUAUGAGAAGUAUAUUAUAAUAACAUUUAUUAGCGUCAAUAUAACCACAGCGUUCCAAUGGACAUAUUUUCUCCAUGGCUGUCCUCUGACAGAGAUAUUAUGAUAUUGUGUGCUGCACAUUGUUGAGAAUAUUUUCAUUUUUGUUAUGGCUAUGGAGGUUCACCGCGUGCCUUAAAGUGUGUCUGUCAUGUUGACUGAUGUUCCAGUGUGUGUGUGUGCAAGCGUAUGUGUGUGUGUGUGUGUGUGUGUGUGUGUGUGUGUGUGUGUGUGUGUGUGUGUGUGUGUGUGUGUGCAAUCAGGUUUAAUACAGUAAUUUUCUGAUCAAAUUGUAUGUUUCUGUACAGAAGUAUGUAUAUGAAGUAUUGGAGUCUAAUUUUUCACAGAUGUCUGAUCAUUCACAACCACUUACAUUGACUGUGAAACUGUUCCCAUUACCAUUAUAACGUUGUGCCUUUCAUUCAUUUCACAAAUUAAUAACAACAGCAUUCACCAGCAGUAGCAACAAAAGUUGUCCAAUUUAUCUGAAAUGUGUCUCCCCACACAUUCACAUUAUGUACAGUAUGUCUACAAUAGCCUGCUCUCAGAUUUUGCAGUAUUGCUCUUGACAAUACUUUCAAUAUUUCAGAUGUGGUUAUUUGAAUGAGUUGUGUAAAAUGUUUGAAUGUUUAUUAGUGACUUUGCUUUGUCAUUUAGUUGUAUGUAGCCUUUUUUAAUUUAUAAAUAAAUGAAAUGUCUCAACUGAAAAGAA